UUGCUUAGGGGACCUGUCAAAGUGCAUAUAUGGGCUUACGAUUAAAUUUUCCCUGGCCAUCAAUGAGUUCCGCAAUGAUAUGUACAUAUUGUCAUGCGGAGGAGACACUAAGGACACCUCUGGCUUAUCCAUAUGGUGGAAAGGCAGCCAUCUAAGAGCUCGAGUGAGAACAGAGACGAAGGAAUGGAAAGUGAAAGGCAAAUAUAAGAAGAAGGAACUGGUCGGAGUAUUCGUUGAAGUGGAGCUCUCUUGGAAUAUAGAACAAGGUCUUGUCCUGCUGCUUGAUGGACAUGAAGUUGAUCAUGAUCGGAAGUUCAAGAAAAAGUCGAACAAAGUUACACCUACAGGAACUUGCUAUUUUGCUCGACCUAUUGGACAAGAUGUGUAUUCCCCUAUUGCUAUAGCCGACCUCAGCUAUAUAUUUGCCUUCAACAAGAUAAUCGAAGACUUGGGAAUUACAUUUGAACUUCCAAAGUUCCCCUCAAGCCCUGAGCUGAAGGUGCUGACCAAUUCCAGUACAGAGAAAGUUGAAUUUGAAUGCUCUGUUACAAAGCUUACAAGGACAGAUGUUUCAUACUUCAUCAGCUUUUACUUUGGCAAAAAGAAUCUUUUGGAUCAGACACCUCAAGAAAUUGGUGACAAGUUGGUGGCUUCCAUGUCAGAGGACUAUAUUGACCUUCUCCGAUUCUCGGAUAAGAUUUACUGCACAGUGUCUGCUUGUAUCUCCUCUGCCUGCAACAGUACAAGAGGGCCAAGUAAAGAAAGCAGCAAACUAGUAGCUGGAGUUGAGAUUAUCACUGGAGAAGUUGAAAUCUACGAAGGCAGCUACAGUGGAGGCAUUUCAGUCAAGACUGUUCUUCCUCCUCGACUGUAUUGUCUGCCGGAAGAUCGGGAUCGGGAUUGUCGCAUCACUAUCAUCACCCAGUUGCUGGAGCAUAACAAAGAAGUGACUUGUCCGAACGGCAAAAAGAUCUCUCAGAUCUCCUUCCCUGUGUCCAGCACAAACAACAUAAACGACGCCGCCUGCAGUCACAGAAUCACAAUGCUCACUUGGAAGAAAGCUCUCUUGAUACCGUUGCAAGGAAACAUUGACCAGAUCAAAGAUGGGGAUCAAAAGAGGACUGUUCGACUGAUUGGAAAGAUCAUAGCUGCUGGACUUGAAUUUGACACGCUCCUUAUUGGUGAAGUGAAGGUAACCGUCAAGGACAAAGAUGGUGACCGGAAGAAGUGUAAUUCAGUAGGAGAUCCUCAUAUAAGGACUUUUGAUGGAAAGAAAUAUGACAACUACUUCGAAGGCGAGUUUGUCUUGUACAAGCACACAACGUUGCCAUAUGAGGUUCGUGCCUUCCAGCGCAGCUGUAAUGGUAAGGCAGCAUGUAACUGUGGAGUGGCUAUUAAGUCUGGAGAUGAUGUCAUUGUGCUGGACAGAUGUGGAUUCAAAAGAGGUGGACCCAGCAUUCCUCUGAAGCCCCAAGUCUACUACAAUAAUGAAUUGACUCCGGGCACAAAGAUUGACCGCGAAAAAGAUGAUGCAUACAAGGUGACCCUCCCUACUGGUAUGACGAUAGAGGUGCGCCCAAGUACCAUGGGUAGAAGAAAUAAAAAAGUGGACAUUGUUUUGAUCUACAUACAAGCAUCUGCAUUUGACUUUGAAAGCACUGAAGGCCUCUGUGGAACUUACGACAAUGAUAAGAGUAAUGAUUUCCUGACAAUCAGUGGACAUCUGGUCCGAGGUGAAAAGGAGUUUGCCCUGUCAUGGAGAGUGCCCAGUAAUGAGAGCAUCUAUAAUGGGAUAUGUUCCACCACGGAUGUGUCUAUAGGAUCAGCGGUCAGCUGUAACUGCAUGGAUGGAUUUGCCCUCUCUUGUUCUCAACUGGAAGGAGUUCAGACUUGCGAUGCUGACAACGCUUCGCCAGCACGACUCAACAAUUCUCCAGAAAGUGGCGGUCGGUCUGUUCAGAGCGGCAGUCGGUCCGUGCAGAGUGGCAGUCGGUCUGUGCAAAGUGGUAGCCAGUCUCUGGCACGUGCCAGCCGAUCAGCUACGUCGCAGUCCUCUUCCUCUGAGAGUAUUGACACGGACAUCACAACCGAAGUUAUCAACAGUGCUUCAAGUGAAGAUGCUUGUAUUGCUGGACAAAAUGUUGUGAUAUGGGAAUUUGAUGAAGAUUAUGAAUUUGAGAAACCCACUUGGCCAACUCCAUCAGGAAUCACUAAGGAUAAUGCCACUGAAACAUGCCGUACAAUUCUGGAAGUCAGCCAAACCUAUGCUGCCUGCAUGGACCUAUUGGGAGAGGUCACAAUUGGUGUCUCGCUGGAGAACUGUGUAGCUGAUGUUCAGAUAAUGGAUGAUCUUGAAUGGGCCAUCAGUAUAUUAAUUGAUGUCAGAGUGAUUUGCUUGAUACAAAUAGAAAUCAAUGUGGACUUCUGGGUGACUGAUGAAACAGGACAAGUGUCAUAUCCCCCCAGUGUCACCAACAAUGUCUGUCCACUUGACUGCAGUGGGCAUGGUGUUUGUUCUGAAGGACAAUGCAAUUGUGAGGAUGACUGGUUGGGCUUUGACUGCAGUAUCCCAUUCCUGGAGCCCCCUAUCCUGAUUUCCAUUGAUGGAGGCAGCAAAUGUGACAAGAGACAACGACCUUGUGAAGUUAUUGAGAUCUAUGGUCUGAACUUUGCUGAUUCCCCACUGCUUACAUGUCACCUCAAGUCAAGAACUGAUGAUCUAGACAGGAAUAUCACGGCAGAAUAUAUAACAUCAACACUGGUCCGAUGUCCAUUCAGUGAAGAUGGAGAAUACGAUGUCUCCGUGAGCAACAACGGGCAAAGCAUGAGCAACACGUUGAUGUACAUCUGUUUUGACUCUGUUUGUGACAACUGCACCACUUCCCCGUGCACCACUAGGACUGACGUAUGCUUGAUCGGAGGGCAGUGCUAUGCUGAUGGGUUUUACAACCCAGCUGAACCUGACCUUGUGUGUCGUCCCGAAUACUCCACAACCAGAUGGACACGUGUCUCAGUUACCUCUAUCAAGGAUACAAGAAUCAUUUUCAUUGAGAUCAGUGGAACCCAUUUGGUUACAACUGUUGGGAAUCUCAAUUUUACUGGCACCAUCGGUGUUUCCACCAACCCUGACUCGGGGAAAGUUGUCGUUGUCGGUAACGGGCAGGGUGGCUUUGAUCUGGGCCCAGUUGCAACGCCCUGUAUGUUGGACUUUGAAAAAUGUCAGUUUGGACUCUCUUUGUCAUUCACCAUCAAGUUCACAAAGCUCGUGCAGAAUGGGUACUUGUUCACCAGCUGUGGAGUUGAACAGGACGGAGCUGGCCUCUCUAUCUAUUACAGACACGAUAAAUUGUUUUUCACGGUCACUACUAGAACACUGCAGUGGAGAGGUUACCUCCGAGAUGUGGGCACAGAUGCUUACCAUUCCUAUGAAGUUUCUUGGAGUGCGCAGACAGGUUUGAAGGUAUUUGUGGACAACACACUCUCAUUGAUUAAAGACAAAGCAAGGGACCGCAGGAAUCCUGUUGUGAACCCUAAUACUUGUCCCUGGAAAGUAGGCAUGACACGGACUGGAACUGCUCUGCUGCACUUUGAACUUGAGAUCAUUCAUCUUGUGUAUGCUGAGAAGGAGGUUGUGAAUGAAUUGGGGAUUGUCAUAGGGUACCCGGCACUGAAGGAAAAGCCAAAACUGCAAAUCCAGGUGUCAGAAACUGGCAAUGUGUCUUUCACUUGCCAGUUUGAACCAUUGAAUGGUGAUGACCUAUUGUACUCGACCAUUUUUAUGAAAGAUGACAAAACAGUACCCCAAGGAAUUGAACGCUUCUCCAAUGGCAGUGUGUUUUCAGUUAUAUCAGAAGCAGAGUAUGGUGACCUGGAAUAUAACUCAAAGCUGUCUUGUGCUGUAGCAGUGUGCACAGCACAAUCGUGUCCCUUAACUCAGGGAGAAUUCAAACACAGUGAACUAGUUUCAGUGGCAUUGGAGCUAACUACAACUCAGCUGACAAUAACAGAAGGUGGUUCUGGGACUAUCUUAGUAAAAAGCCAAGUUCCUCCAAUGCUGUUCUGCCCUAUAGGCAGCAGAAAUUCCUGUGAGAUUCAACUGAAUGCAGUAAUCCGUGCAGGGCGGGAAAAGUUCUGUCCAGAUCAAAGGGACAUACCUCAGGCUGUCUUGUUGUGGCAAGAGGAGGAUCAGAGUAACGCCUUCUGUGGAAGGAAUGUGGACUCAGCCCUAUGGCAGCAGCCUUAUGCUCUGAUCGUGCGCGGUGUUGUGGACACAGUCAAAGAUGGGGACCAGAGAAGGACAGUGGAGAUCUCUGCUUCAAUCAACUCCACCCUCAUCGAUUUUGACUUGACCGUUGAAGUUGGCUUCGUUCAGCUGACCGUCAGAGACGAAGACAAACUGAGCACGUGCAGUUCCGUCAAUGACCCCCACAUUACGACCUUUGAUGGACGCACUUAUGACAAUUUUUAUGAGGGUGAAUUUGUCUUAUACAGGCACACAAACCUCCCAUACGUGGUCCACACCUUCUACCGAUCAUGCAAUCGCAAGGCUUCCUGCAACUGUGCUGUCGCUGUUCGAGUUGAUGAUGAUGUUGUGGUGCUCAGCAAAUGUUCGAUUGACCCUGACAGUGAGGACCCAAUGCCGUUCACUGUCAAGCUCUACAGACAUGGGUUUUUGGAAAAAGGAUUCAGAGUUUACCAAAUUAAGGACAGAGAAUAUUCCGUUUACUUGCCCAAUGGAGACACUGUAUUUGUCACAGUCUCAGGGAAGAGAAAGAGGAACUUCAUUAAUGUCUGGGUGAAAGCUGCUGGUUCCAGCUUUGGACAAAUUCGAGGGUUGUGUGGAAACUUUGAUGAUGAUGCCUCUAAUGACCUUGUACGCAGUGAUGGAAUUUUGUCAAAUGAAACUGGAAAGACACCAAAUGAAUUCAGCCUUUCUUGGAGAGUACCAGCCAAUGAGUCUCUUUUCUCUGGCUUUUGUGGAAGUUCUACUACCGUAAAUGGGAGCCCUGCUCCUUAUUACUGUCAGUGCACAUAUGGAGGCGAAAGUACCUGUGGCCGUGGGCAAGAUGUCUUCCAGUGUUCCAGAGAUGACCAAGAGUUGGAUGAAAAUGUAAGUGGUGGACGAAGCAGUAAAAGGGCUGGCAGCAAGAGCAACAAGAGCAACAAGAGUAACAAGAGCUGCAAAGCAAGUCAUGCUAGCUGUGAGGAGGAUGAGAAUACUGUUGCUUUGAAACGUGAAGAGCGUAGAAAAGGCACAGAUAUCACUGGUUCCCUUUUUGAUGCCAGUCCAGACAACCCCUUGAAGUGUUCUUCUACUGUCCCUCAAGUGGAAUUUGAGUUUAAUGUGACUUACAUCUAUGUGAUUAUUGAAACCACGGUAACCAUAGAGGUGGCAACGGAAUUCUGUCAGACAGAAAUAUCUGGAACGUCAUCAGUUGCUGAAUGCCGAAACAUUCUUGGCAACAGAUUUCAAGAUGCUGUGAAUUUCUGUGCCAGAGAUUAUGUGAUCACGGGAGAUACCAGCUGGUCCCAAGUUGCCGUUGACAGCAUCCGUCGUCAGUGUCAAAUUGUUAUUGAGGUGGACACAGACACUUGGAUUGAGACUGACGAUGGUGUUCCUAAACUGCCUCCUGUUGUAGACCUGUUGUGUCCCAAUGACUGCAGCAACAAUGGAAACUGCACCAAUGGUGAAUGCCUCUGCACUGACGGUUUUGCUGGAGAUGACUGUAGUGUAGACUUAAGUGAGCUGCCUACGCUGAUUUCUAUUGAUGGUGGCCCCUUAUGUGAUAAGAGACAAAAGAAUUGUUCUUCUGUUGAGAUAUAUGGUCUUGGAUUCAUUCAGACUGACACUUUGAGAUGUAAACUGGUGGAACUGCGUAUAACUGACUCAGGAUUUGAAGAGACAGGACAAAGCAAGAACGUCAGUGCUGUUUUCUUGAGGGGAGAGCUGAUCAAAGUCUCUGUGGAAGGCUACCAAAUCAUGAGCAUCUCAUGCACCAACGUCGGUGACGUUUUCAGCACAACCUCGCUCAAGCUGAUUACUUACAACUCCCUGUGCCAGACCUGCACUGUCACCAAGUGUGAAGAACGAACCAACAUCUGUUUAAUUGAUGGAAAUUGUUAUGAGGAAGGUUUCACCAACCCAGAGGAUGCGUCUCAAAAAUGCAGUUUAACAAACACCGCCGAUUGGACUCAAAUCAAAGUGAAUGAAGUGGAGCAAACCCGUCUCGUCUUCCUUGAGAUUCUCACACAGAUCAAGAUCCUGAUUACCACCAAGUACAACUUAACCAUCGGUGGCACGGUGUUGCCCACUUUAGUUUCUGGACCUCAAGGAGGCCUGAUGAUAGAACUGAAUGGAGUAGACCAGUUCGUGCAGUUUCCUGAUGGAACUGGCUGUUUGUGGGACAUUGAACAGUGUGACCUUGGACUGACCAUCUCUUUUAAACUGAAGAUUGUGAACAUUGUAGAAGGAAUGGUCAUAUUUGGAAAUGGAGCUGAAAGUCCUGACAGCUAUGGUUUGGCUAUGUGGUUGAAGAAUGGACGUCUCUAUUUGAGAGUGAGCACAAAGACAAAAGAGUGGACUGUGGUGACAACUGAUUUUACCAUAAAUGAAUUUAUGGACCUGAAGUUCUCUUGGAGUGUUCAAACAGGUCUCAGACUCUUCUUGAAAGACAAGCUUAUCGGAAUGCAAGUGACUUACAUCAUCAGAACUUCUACAAAUAUCCAGUCCAGUACUAAUCUAAUCAUUGGUCAGAAUCUGAAGGAAUCUAUCUUUGCAAACAUCAUCAUUGAUGGUUUUGACAUCGUGUACUGUACGGUGGACACGGCCGAUGAAUUGCAGGUUGUCUCAAUUGUUCCCACUUUUGAUAAGCCUCCCAAACUUGAAGCUCCAGUGUCUGAUGACGGCUCUCAAAUUUCUUUCCAUUGUUUGUUUGACGCUCUUGACAUCCAAAGUGAUGAAGAAUAUCAGUAUUCAGUCAGAUGGUACAAAAAUGAUGCUGUCAUCAAAAGUCAGGAAUUAGGCAACAGAACGUCAAGUGUCUUAAACGAAGAAGCAGUUGGUGUGAUCAGCUAUGGUGAAGAGAUACGAUGCGGUGUUCAAGCCUGUCUUGUCACAGACUGCGAUGGCUCGAGAGGCCCUGAAAGAAAGAGUGAUUCACUAAAAGCUGAACUGAAGAUAAAAGAGACAGAACUUGUGGUGACUGAAGGCCAAGGUGCAUCAUUCCUCACUGUGACAGCAACCCUUCCUCCGCGUCUGUUUUGUGCCAGGGACAUUGAAGCGUCAAACUGUACCUGGACAAUAAGUACACUGAUAACCGAUGAGGAUUCAGCUGUGAGGUGUGUGAGCAAGGAACGAUUCCCACAACUGCUCAUCGUACGAGACACGGAUGCAAACGGAGGAAAUGAAACCCCUCUUUGUGGAUCAAGCUUGACUCACCUCAACUGGAUGUCUGGUGUGAGAAUCAAAGUGAAAGCUUUUGUGGAUGGACUUCAAGACAAAACUCAAAAGGUGGUCAUCCAAGUCUCCGCUCAAUUGAAGACAGAAAUGCAACUGACCUCACUUGUCUCAGUUGGAAGUGUGAAUGUUGAUGUGAAAGACGCGGAUGUGACUAGUGAAUGUACAGCGUGGGGAGAUCCUCACAUUGUAACUUUUGAUGGAAAGCGAUACAACAACUACCUGGAAGGUGAGUUCGUCUUGUACAAGAGUUCUGACAGUGAAGUACGGACGUUCCUGAGGAGGUGCACAGAUGCCUUGGAUUAUGCAUCCUGUGUGUGUGCUGUUGCAGUGAGAGUCCACGACGAUGUCAUUGUGGUGAACAAAUGUGGGGCUGGUCGCGGAGAAGCAACCAAGUUCUAUCCGAUGACUGUUCAAAUGUUCCUCAAUGGAGAACUAACACGUGGGGUUCAUGUCCUUAGGACAAAGAAUGAAUACAAAAUUGUUCUGACAAGUGGAGCAUACGUAACAGUGAAAGAGGCUCAAGGCAAACUGGGUGGAAAGUACCUGAACGUUUACGUUCGCCCUUCAGUGCUGGACCGAGGCACCACGGAGGGAUUGUGUGGAAAUUUUGACGGGAAAGCCAGCAACGACAUGCAGCUUCCCACUGGCGUGAAUGGAGAUGAUGAUGCCGUCUCAGAGAUCUGGAGAGUUGAGAAAACUGAGAAUUCAAUAUACACUGGAGUGUGUUCAACAACCGUGACUGCUGUCACUUCGAGUGCUACUGCUUACUGCGACUGCCAUGCUGAGUUACAAACAUGCUCUGUACUUGAAACAGACUUCGCGUGCACGUCUGUGGGCAAAGGACAGGAUAUUACUCAAACUUUGAUUGGAAAUAAAGCAACCCAGAAUCCUCCGCAGAAGUGUUUGACAUCACAGAUCUUGAUUGAGUUUGAGUUCGAAAUCAGUUACAAACCAGAGCCCCCUUCGUGGCCUGAAGCUGGAAUUACAGAGACUGAAGCCAUAGCGGUGUGCCGGGAUGCCAUAGAAACGAGUUCCUCAUUUGAUACAUGCAGCAGCAUUGUGAAUGAUGAGAUUGCCACCACCAUCGACACCUGUGUUCUUGACCUGCAGUGGUCAAACGACAGAAACUGGGCCCAGUCUGCAGUGACGACAGUAAUUCACAGGUGUGAAACUGUCAUUGAGAUUAAUGUGGAGCUCUGGGAAACGGUGACCGUCAAUGGCACCGACAUUCUGAGCCCUCCCCAAGACCUGCUGGAUGUGUUGAUUUGCCCAAGGAACUGCAGCGGGAAAGGAGUCUGCACUGAAGAUGGCUGUGAAUGCUACGAUGGAUACUUGGAUGAGGACUGUUCUGUUAGCGUGGAUAUACCUCCGGUGGUGUUUGAUCCUCCCGACGGUAUCUGUGACACUCGGCUCUCCAACUGCCUCACUGUCACUGUCACAGGGACAGGGUUUGUGCCUUCGACAAACCUGGUUUGUUAUGUACAAAAGAUGGAGAUGACAAAUGGAACUUUUGAAGUGAAAGCUGGUAGCUCUAUGAUUGAAGUGCAAGCUACUCUCAUCAGCUCUCAGCAAGUCAUUUGCUCUAUUCCAUCCCCUGAUAUCUACAAUGUUGUAGUGAGCAACGUCAAGAGCAAUGUAACAGUCAGUCAGUCAGUUAUAUUUGUCGCUUAUGAUUCCAUCUGUUUCGAAUGUGGAAAACAAGGCUGCACUCUCAAGAGCGAUAUUUGCCUCAUAGACGACUCAUGCUACGGCCCAGGAUUUGUUAAUGUUAACAACCCUGAAGAGACCUGUGUGGCAAACAGUAAGGACUGGACCAUCAUAACACGUGUUGAAAUCAUCACCAUUGAACUUACGUUCAUAGACAUUAACAUAGACCUGGGUGUCGUGCUUACUCCAUAUUUGAACCUGACUGUUGUCGGGUCUCCUAGCCUCAUUGAACUUUCCCCUGGAAACAAUGCUAUGGAACUUGAUGGAAACAGUCAGUUUGUGGACAUGUCAAACUUGCCUACUGACAACUGCCUCUGGACUCCAGAUGACUGCAAAUUUGGAUUGACUGUUUCUUUUAGUCUCAAGGUUGUGACUGUAAAAGACAACAUGUACAUCUUCACCAAUGGUGGGGACCAAAAGGACAGCUAUGGAGUUGCUAUGUAUUACAAGUACAACCGCUUCUAUCUAACAGUCAGCACCAAGCUGAAGGAGUGGACCGUCUUCACAGAUAAGAUUCAAGUUGGAGUAGCCGUAAAGGUUGAGUACUCAUGGAGUGUACAGUUUGGCCUUUCCUUGUAUUUAGAUGGGGAAAAGGUGGCAACAAGCACACGCUUCAUUGAACGCUCUGUCAGUGUGAGGCAGCUCACUACCUUCUACUUUGGUCGCAGUGUGUUGGAGAUCGAUAUUGUCUAUUCUCAGAUUAUCAUAGGGGGCUGGAAGGUUGUUUUUGCAUGUAAGGAAAUCGAUGAGGCAGUGAAAGAGAUCACAACAACUACCGAACCUUCUACAACUACAGAAGAGCCUACUACGACAACAGAAGAACCUUCUACAACCACAGAAGAACCUUCUACAACCACAGAAGAACCUUCUACAACCACAGAAGAACCUUCCACAACCACAAAUGACACGAUUUUGACUUCACCAGAAUCUACUACUGAAGAGUCCACCACCGUAACUUCUACAGAUUUUACAGCGUCCACGGAUAAUGAGACUGCUUCUACAGUUAAUGGUUCAACUUCUUUCACAACUCCUGUGUCCACAUCCUCCUCCGAUGGCCCAACUUCAACUACUGACGAGUCCACAGCUUUCACACAAACCUCAACAACCGACCAGCCCACAACCUCGUCUGAUCAGAACACGACCGCAGAUGAUUCUACAUCCACAACUGAUGUCUCAACCUCAACAACCGACCAACCCACAACCUCGUCUGAUCAGAACACGACCGCAGAUGGUUCUACAUCCACAACUGAUGAUUCUACAUCCACAACUGACAUGCAGACAUCAACAACUGACCAGCCCACAACCUCGUCUGAUCAGAACACGACCGCAGAUGGUUCUACAUCCACAACUGAUGAUUCUACAUCCACAACUGACAUGCAGACAUCAACAACUGACCAGCCCACAACCUCAUCUGAUCAGAACACGACCGCAGAUGGUUCUACAUCUACAACUGACGCUUCGACAUCAACAACAGAUGAAUCCACAACAGAUGCAGAAGUUACCGGUACUCCAGCGACUGACAGCACCUCUCCGACAACAGAUGAGUCAACUACUGAUGUCCCGACAACGGAAGUGGAAACGCCGGACAACUCCACUGUGACAACAGAACUUCCCUCCACCCCAGGCUCAACAACAAGUCCGGCAGAGACAUCCACUGUGCCAACCCCAUCUUCGUCAACGUGUGUGGGUACUGUGGACAGUUAUCCCAUCAUGCCUGGCAAUCCUGCUAUUUCCUUCAGUGUCUCCGGUCUGACUGCAGUGUUCGACUGUCAAAUACAGCCGGCUUCUGAAAGUGGAGUUCAGUACAUUCUCUCCUGGACCUCGGGCACUGAUGUCCUGUCUAUGGUCACUUUGACCACCAUAAAUGUGGAUCGGCUUGACAUGGCCACACUGUCCCAAGAUCAGAGGAACUCCAUACUGGACAAUGGGCUUGUCUGUUCUGUAAGAGCCUCCAAUCCUGCAAGGUGUGGAAAUGGUGAAAGCCCUCCAUUAGAAGAUUCAGUUCCUCCUUUCGUUCCAAAGGUGACGGGACCAACACCUGAUAUUUUGUAUGAAGGAAUAACAACAGCCACAGUGUCGGUCAGCUUUGGCAGCAUCACCCGUGAACUUUACUGCUUGCUGAAAUAUGGGCAGUCCUGCCGCGUUACAGUGCAAGCCAGAACAAACGCGCAAGAUUUUCCCAACAAAUGUAUUGGAGGAGCAGAGGUGCCUGCUCUUGUUGUCAAGUCUAUUGCAACAAGUGACGCUACAUGUGGUGGAAAUGUAGGAGCCUCAAGUUCUCAGGUUACUCUGGAGAUGAGGGCUGUCAGUGACGGUAUUGUCAGGAGCGACAGGGAUGUCACCAUUGACAUCUUCCAAGUGGACACUGUCGCAACUACCACUGAGACAGGAAUUCUGCUGAAAAAGUUCAAUGUAACUGUAAGAAGUUCCGACCUGGCCGAACAGUGUAAGGUUGUUGGAGAUCCGCACGUUUUCACCUUUGACCAAACAAAAUACGACAAUAUGUUGACGGGAGAGUUUGUUCUCUACAAGCACCAGGAUCUGCAAGUUGAAGUUCAUGGCUACUUCUACAAGACUGGAGUAGGUUCCAGUGCAUGUGGCUUUGCUGCUCGCGUCGGCAAUGAUGUUAUUAGAGUGAGCAAAUGUGAUUCGCGCACAGACACCAUUCACCCAGUGACAGUGAAACUGUUCUUGGUCGGGGAACUAUCUCCUCAAACUCUGGUGUACCAGGAGGAUGAUGGUGACACUAUAAAGGUUUAUUUGCCGACUGGCGCAUUGAUGGAAGUAAGAAGUUCUGUGGAUGCAUCCAUGAAUCUGUACCUGAAACCAUCCGCUGUAGAUAUUGGGAAAACAUCUGGGCUUUGUGGUGUGUUUGAUGGCAACAGCACGAAUGAUCUGCUAGGAGCAAAUGAUGUUUUGUACUCAGUAACAGACCCACAAGAGGAACCAGACACUUUCAGCAACACUUACAGAGUGUCAGAUGCAGCAAGCAUAUAUUCAGGCUAUAAGGGAUCUGGGGACAUAGUGCCAGAUCUGUACUGCAGCUGUGACCUUUCUGGUGUGAGCGAAUGUGCCAAUUUUGGUGAUGUUACUGCUUGCGGUGUCAGUGUAUCAGGCACAGAUAUCACUGACCUCUUAGUGUCAGAUUCCACAUUUGAACAAAAUCUCCUAAAUGGGGCUGGAGGGUCCAGCAGGAAGAGAAGACAAGCUAACAAUGAGGAGACCUUCACUUAUGAACCCAAUGACAAUCAAAAUGAUCCAGACUGGCCUACAGCUUCAAAUAUCACAGCGGAUAGUGCAGAGACUUUCUGUCGUAAUUCCAUACAGGACCUGGAUGGCUAUCAGCAAUGCCUUCAGUUCUCUUCAGACAACUUUAAGUCUGAAAUUCUGAACUGCGUCAGAGACAUAAGGAGGACAGACUCACUUCAAUGGGGUGUGGCUUCUCUCCAGAGUCUGCAAGCAUCUUGCAGGAACCAGAUCUCCUCCAAUUCUUCUUUAUGGGAAGACAGUGAUCCUUCCGAUGCACUUGUGGCACCUUCUUUAAGUACUAUCAAUGAUAACCUGUGCCCUAAUGACUGCAGCAAUAACGGAGUCUGUAAUCAAGGAGUGUGCCAGUGCAGCAAUGGUUACUCUGGCUCCAACUGUGCCUUGCCACCAAAUGUUAUUCCAUCAGUCCAGAGCACCCAGACCAACAUCCUUUGUGCUCGUAAUACGGCUGACAACUGUAAUCGUGCAACAGUUUUUGGAGCGAACUUUCUGGAGGGAAGCAUAUGUCAUUUAACUCCCAUCACGGUUAGCUCAACUGGCAUCACAGAUCAAAGCCUGACUGCAAUCAGUAACGCAACUUACCGGAACAAGUAUCAGGUUCUGUGUGGGAUACAAGAACCAAACAGCUACAAAAUCCGAGUGAGCAAUGAUGGACAACGCACAAGUCCAGAGCCAGCCUACUACAUUGUCUACAAUUCGGAAUGUGAGAACUGUGACUUCAGCGGAACAGAUGGAACCCCGAUAUGUACCCAGAAGCCAAAUACGUGCUUGAUAAAUGAUGUGUGUUACCAACAAGGAGGAAAACACCCGACAGAUAGCUGCCUCCUCUGUGAUGUAAACUUUUCUUCCAGCGAGUGGGCACCCUCUUCAGAUGGAGCAUGUAGAAGCACAGUGCCGACCUCAGUUGGGCCGAUCACAACCCGACAAACAAACACAGUGAGCCCCGAUGCAGUGGAGUUCAACUCUCGCACUAUCAUCAUUGUGUCUGGCUGCGUGGCAGGCCUCCUGCUCAUCAUCCUUGUAAUUGUUGGUGUGAUUCUCAUGAUACGGAGAAGACGAUUGCAGGCUUACAAGUCAAGAAUGAAUCGCUCCGUGUCAGAUGAGGAUUCCCAGUUUGAGCGAGUGUUCAAUGGAUCCUAUGGUAUUCGCACAGACAAGUCAUUGACAUUCUACAAUCCCUCCAUGCACCCAUCGGAUCAGUACUACGAACAUUCAAUAUAAAGAUCAUUCUUUUCGAUGUAUUAUAAAUAAGAUAUUACAGUCUCUGUAAGUCAUUCUAUACAAUAGUUAUUAUGCCUUAAUCAUAUUUCAGUUUUAGCUCGUUGAUCAAAAGUUUUGCAGCCAUGUAUAAAGGACUUUGAAUUUUAAAGUUUCAUCAUUUUCGGGACGAGGUUUAGGAUGGAUUGGGAUGGGGGAAUCAAUUUUAAUCUUAUGUUAUGACAACUCCUGAUUGUUUUUAGUUCCGGGAGUUUCCAAGGGUUUCCUUGGCCUGGUUGAAUACUUUCAAAGGUUAAGUAAAUACAGGACUUUCAAAGGUUGGGUUGGAUUUUUUUUUUGGGGGGGGGGGGACUGGCUUUAGUGUCGCUAUUUACGAAAACAUAACUUUACAGUGUACACAGAGACAAGAGCAAAGAGGAGCACGGUGUAGAGCUGCCGAGGCUUAGAACUGUUACUGCAGUGCUCUGCUCUUAAGUUUUUUUGUAACUCUUGUAUUCUAGAGUGUGUUGAUUAUUAGACGACCCGUCCCCAAACAGGAUUUAGACAGAAUAAUGAGAAGGCAGAUUGCAUUGUACAGCUUCUCUCUUUUUGCAAUCAUUUUCAUUUAUACUAGCUUUCCUUUGCUGUCAAAGAAAUUCUGAAUGCAAGUCAAAAACAUAUAAACAAAUUUCAUUAGAAGUCUUUAUCGAAUUUUUUUGGUCAGUUUCUUCCUCUGGCUUACAUUGUUUUAAAUAAGAUUGUCAUCAUAAGAAAUAUAUAUGUACUUUUAAUGAUUCAUGUAAAAUGUAAAGAUGUAAUUCAAAUUCUACCAGAUGUCUCCCUAUAAUCUGCAUUUGUACAGUGAUUAGAAUAUUUGAUAAAUUUAAUUUUUGUGAUCAGCUAAUAUGAUAAUUUAAACACUGGAUCACAUUUUCAGGAAAUAGCUUACAGGUGAAAGAAGCAAAGAUGCACUCAGAUUCUUUAUUAUAAUUAAGUCGUUGUUAACUAAACUGAGUGUUUGAAAUAUCUGUGAUAGGCCUUUUUAGGUGAAUGAUGCAUUUUUUCAAUCACUUGCCAUAUCAAUUCAUUUCACGAUUUUCUCAAAUAAACUUUUAUCACAAUUGUG